UUACUGUCUCACUCCCAUUAACUUGUCUCUCGCACUCGAUCGCUUUCUCUCACUCACACAAUGGAUCUUCGGGCUCUCUUCUUCCUCUCGCUUCUCUCCGUCGCCGCCGCCCAGGCACCCUCAUCCUCGCCACCGGCCGCCGCCCCGACAAGAGCAGCCCUCGCACCCGCUUCCCCGAUAAAACCAGUGCAAACACCAGGCCCCGCACCCGCUUCCCCGAUAAAACCAGUACAAACGCCAGCCCCCGCACCCGCUUCCCCGAUAAAACCAGUACAAACGCCAGCCCCCGCACCCGCCGCCCCAAAAAAAGCCGUCCUUGCGCCCUCCCCCGCCGCCGCGGCCACCACCCCAGCACUGGCUCCAUCGGUCUCAAAAUCCUCCCCUGCUCCUUCCCCUGCCUCAAAGAAGACCACUGCGCCUGCGCCUUCCCUAUCCCCUGUUAAUGCCCCCGCAGCGAGCCCAGAACUGUCUUCCUCCUCUCCAUCCCCCGCCCCCAUAAGCUCCCCUCCGGCUCCUGCACCAGCAUUGCCGCCUUCAACCACCGCACCUUCCGCCGCUACACCGGCACCGACCAUAUCCCCACUGCAGCCUGCUGAUGUGCCGGCCCCUGCCCCAAGCAAGAAGGGAAAGAAGGACAAGAAGAAAAAAGCCGCUUCUCCGGCACCAUCUCACAGUCCAGCCGCAGCCUCCGCCUCUUCAUCACCGGAAGCCUCUUCUCCUGGCCCCAGCGCUGCCUCUUCCGCCUCCGACGAAGCGAGCGGAGCAGAGAAGAUUAUGACCGCGACUAAGCUGGUGGGAGUUAUUUCAGCGUGGGCAGUACUACUGGCAGUGAUCGCCAUAUGAGAUCAGAUCGGCGACGCCCAUUAAAUUAAAUAUAUAAAUUCCGCUACUUUGUAUUUUGUCCUCUGUCUCUCUCUCUCCAGCUGUAAUUUUUGUUUGGUAUUUUGUGGUGGUCCAUUCUUGUACGGGAUUGGAGUUGUAAACUUCGCAUUCACUUUGGAUUCUUUUCGUGGAGAGGUCUCUCUGUUUAAUACCAUUUGUUUUAUUAAUCACGAAAUUAAUUUAGGUGGCUUCUUUUCAUUAAA